GAACCUUCAAUGCAUACCCUUAAGUUGAUAAUCAGAACGAGAAGAUAAAAAUUACAAGAGGAAGCAAGAAAUGUGCACCUUAGAAAAACGAGGAAGCAUCUACUUUCUAACACUUACAGGCAGUAAUGAUCACCGUCUCAACCCAUCUCUUCUGGACUCUAUCUCCACUGCUCUCCAUCACAUAAGAACUGAAGCGACUGCUACACCAUCCACUGCUGCUGCCCUUGUUACUACUGGAGAAGGCAAGUUUUUCUCCAAUGGUGGCGAUAUACCCUGGGUUCAGUACAACAAAGAUAGACUCCUGCUCUUGAUGUCCAAAGUAAGAUCCCUUCUUACUGACCUCAUGUCUCUCCCUGUGCCAACCAUUGCCGCCCUCAAUGGCCAUGCCUCGGGCCAAGGUUACAUUCUUGCCCUCUGCCACGACUACGUCUUCAUGAGAAAGGACCGCGGGUUUUUAUACUUGAGUGGGCUAGAUAUUGGGGAAGUACUUCCUACCCCAUUUUUUAAGGCCACACUUAAGGCCAAAAUUUCUAGUCCAGCUGUUCUCUGUGACAUUGUUCUGAAGGCCGAGAAAAUGACAGCAGAGGUGGCGUUGCAGAAGGGGAUUAUUGACGCUGCUUAUGAUACUGUGGAGGAGACAGUGGCAGCAGCAGUGGAGCUGGGGGAGCAGUUGGCAAGGAGAAACUGGAAUGGGCAAGUUUACGCAGAAAAUAGGAAAUUUCUUUUUGAUGAUGUGUUGCAUGCACUAACUAUUGCUGAAACUGAUGAAAUGAUAAAGAAUUCCCGAGUGUUUGAACCCAAGUCCCGGCUUUGAUCAGGCUAUCCAACCUGCAGGUGCUACGAACAAUGUCUUAUUAAUUAUUAUAUGUAUUCUAUGGGAUAAAUAGAAGUUAAGUCAGGGUUGAUGAGGAUGGAAAGGGUAGCAUAAUAAGGCUUGACAUGAUUCUCAGUUAAUCUGUGGAUUUACUCUGGUAGAAGUAAAUCUUUCUUUCCUGCAGAAUCUUCUGUUAAUCUAUAUGUUCUUCCUUAAUAAAAAACUUAAUCAAUUCAAGAAUAAUUAAGUAAAACAUGUUUGUUUCUUCAGCUAGUUUAUAUAUUAUUGUGAUUAUUUACA